CAUCAAGGCAUUCUCAAUUCUAUAAUUGUUAUAGAUUAUUUUCGGUUAUUGAUAUUUCUCAAGUGCUGCACGUGUGAGUUAUUAGGCUACCAAUGCUGGACUAUAAUGUCGCAUUAGUCUAUAGCGGGUUGUGUUCGUCGCGCGGUAGUAAUCCAGACAUUUUUUUAUUAAUAAAGAAGAUUAGGUAAAUUAAAAGAAAAUAAUUUCACGAUUUCCGUGUUAUUUCAUCUCCUUAUUAUACAUUAAAUCGAUUAUAAGAACAAAAGUUAAUUUCCAAAUAUAUUCAACUAUAUAACAUCCAUCGGUGUCAAAGAGGAAAAUGAAGCUGAAACAGGGAGUUUCGAUAAAUGCCUUGACAGCAAUUCUUCUCGGACUGACCGUAAUCAUUUCAGUCAAAUACAUUCACGACGGGAAAAUGGUGGCCGAAGAAACACUUAAAAUACGCGUAGAAGAGAAUUCCAUUUUGGAAGUGGCUUUAAUUCAAUGCCGAAACGAAAGCGAUUUCAUGAGCGUUUUACUUAAAAACCAAACAAAGAUAAAUCGUCAUGUCAGCAACCCUACUGUCUUCACAAAUGAAACUAAAGAAAUCAAUAAACUAAAAGAAAAAUACGAAGAAGAAAAGAAGAAAUUGAUUAAAUAUUUGGCGACUCAAUUACGAGAUUCUCCUUAUCCUGGAGUUGAAAACUACACCCGAUACACAGUGGCUCGACUGGGGAUGCUGCCUAUCGAAAAUGUGAAACCUUUGAUACCUGAAUUCGGCCCAGUCGUCAACGACGUCCUUUCCUUUCGUUAUCCCAUCAACAUUCCGUCGUGUCCAGCAACAGAAACAAAUAAUACUCAGGCGAACCAAAGUGUUUUCAUAGCGCUGAUAUCGGCUCCGUAUCAUUUCAAAGAGCGAAACGACAUCAGAGAAACGUGGCUCGUUCACCUCAAAAGCGCAUUGGAAAAACAUUUACUGGGGAUGGCGCGAUUCGGUUUCUUUCUCGGCCAAACGAAAAACGAUUCCAUUCAAAAGCGAAUCAAAGAAGAGAGUCAGAAACACGGAGAUAUCAUCCAAAUCGACAUGGACGAUUCGUAUCGAAAUUUGACGCUGAAAGGCAUCGCCGUGCUCAAUUGGGUGAGGCAACACUGCGCGAAGGUCGACCUCGUUUUCAAAGUGGACGACGACGUCUACGUCAACGUGCACAAUUUGGUUCACUUCGUUCGGUCUAAUUAUCAAUCGAACAACAGUUUGUUCGGCUACGGCAAUUUCGGCUUCUAUCCAAUCAGGAUGGAGCUGGGAUACUCGGAGGACUACGCCAAAUGGGACAUGACUUUCGAAGAGUAUCCGUGGAGUUACUAUCCCAAUUACGUCAACGGUCCGGCCUAUUUCAUGCACGCGAGUGUCGUCGUUCCGUUAUUGGCUGCCAGUCAGACCACACCAUUGAUCCCGUUCGAGGACGUCUUCCUGACCGGAAUGUGCACGGAAAAAGCCGGCGUCAAGAUGCAAUAUUCCGAUGGCAACCCCAGUGUCUUUUAUCGGCCUCUGCCGACCGUUCCGACCCCGUGUGAUUUGCGGAGCUUCGUCGGGUGGCCGACCGACAAUCACGUCAUCACCCACUCGGCCGUCGACGAUUUUUAUCGGAACAAGACCCAGUGCGUAGUCACCGAAUCGGAUGGAACCAAUAGAACAAUCGACUUCACCGCACCCGUUGUCUUUAAGUUCAGUUAGUCUUAACAGAAAAAUUUUACAAA